AAGAUUCUCCGCAGACGCGUUAGAUUACUCGGUUCCGCGGUGACAUGCGCAGUAGGAUCUCUCUCCAAACUGGCUCAUAUGAAACCGAGUGUUUAUAAAGGGAUAUAAUUGUGAGUGAAAAAGAAUCCGAGACAUUUUUUCAUCGCGUAUGCAGGCCAGCCAUCGUGUGCCUGCGAACAAAACUAUCAGUGAUGGAAGCCAACUUUGGAGUAAGAAAAUUCCGAAAGGCUGAUGGCAAAUCCGGCCAAAAGCGGAGCUCUGCCUCCAGUAACCAGAACCCCCCGCCCAGUAAAAGGGUUAAGGAAGAUGCGGAGGAAAAGCAGAAACGUUUGGAGGGGAAGGAGAAGCACAGCAAGACAUGCAAGGAAAAGCACCGUAAGCCUCUCCAGGAGGCGAAGGUCACGAGUUCUGACAAGCAGACUGGCUGUAUAAAGGCAGAAGCAGCAAAUGGCAGAGCAGCCAGUGAUGCAGAAACGUAUUCACCUCCAUCAUGUGAGAACUCUUUUGAUAUCAACAACAACAUGUCUGCUGAACUUGAGACAUUUGAGGCAGGAGGGGCCAGGGAUGACGGACGUGGACCCGCGCUUGGGGACAUACCAUUGGAUUCCAAGGGGUUAGUAGAUAAAACUGCGAAAAGAAAGACUUUGGAGAUCCCUGACGGCAGGAACAAGGCUUGGCUAAAACGCAGCCGAAAUGCAGACUCAAGAAGGGAAAAAGGUCUGGAGAGCAGGGAGCAAAGAGGAGACACACAACUAACAGGAAAAAGAUCUGAGACCUGUAAGAAAAAAGUCAAAGAUGAAGCUGAGAGCGAAGGAGAAGAGGACCAGAACGGGAAUGACGAUAGCCCGGUUAAGGAGGAGGAAGAAGAGGAAUUCCCACUGCAGGAUGAUAGGUUAAAAGAAAAGUUACAAGCCAAAGAUAAGACAAUUAAAAAGGAGUCGAACACGGGGAGGAAUAAAAAAGACCAAAAGGAUGAGAUGGGAAAUCCGACAAAGAAGCGCAAGAAGGACCAGGGAGAAAAAGACAAAUCGAAUAAGAGAGAGCGAGCCAGGAAGACCCAGGUAGAGUGUGCUGGGGACGAGGACAAAAAGGAAGAGGAUGACAAAUGGAAGUGGUGGGAGGAGGGAUGUUCUCACGAUGGUAAAAAAUGGAAGACCCUUGAGCAUGAAGGGCCUCUGUUCCCCCCUGAGUAUGAGCCGCUACCAGAAAACGUGUGUUUCUACUACAAUGGUGAGCACGUGCAGCUCAGUCCCGCCACCGAGGAGGUCGCUACCUUCUACGCCAAAAUGCUGGACCAUGAGUACACCACCAAGGAGGUCUUUCAGAAGAAUUUCUUUGCUGACUGGAGAGAGGAAAUGACAGAUGAGGAAAGAGGCUUGAUCCACAGUCUUUCCAAAUGUGACUUCCGGGAGAUCCACCAGUACUUCUUGGACCAAGCAGAGAAGAGGAAGGCAAUGACGAAGGAAGAGAAGCAGGCGCAGAAGGAGGAGCAGAAGAAGCUGACUGAGGAGUACGGCUUCUGCACCCUGGACGGCCACCGGGAGAAGAUCGGUAACUUCCGAGUGGAGCCACCAGGCCUGUUCCGUGGCCGUGGAGAGCACCCGAAGAUGGGCAAGCUGAAGAAGAGGAUCCUACCAGAGGACAUCACCAUCAAUUGCAGCAAAGAAUCAAAGAUCCCUGCGCCCCCUGCUGGUCACAAGUGGAAGAAGGUGCAGCACGAUGACACUGUGACGUGGCUGGUCUCCUGGGUGGAGAAUGUACAGGGCAGCAUCAAGUACAUAAUGCUGAACCCCAGCUCCAAGCUCAAGGGAGAGAAGGACUGGCAGAAGUACGAGGUGGCUCGGAAGCUGAAGCUGAAGGUGGAUGCAAUCAGGUCGGAGUACAGGCGGGACUGGAAGUCUCGGGAGAUGAAGAAGAGGCAGAGGGGCGUGGCCAUCUACUUCAUCGACAAGCUGGCCCUGCGGGCAGGUAACGAAAAGGAGGAGGGCGAGACAGCGGACACGGUGGGCUGCUGCUCGCUACGCGUGGAACACAUCACCCUCCAUCCGCAGCUCGACGGCCUGGAGCACGUGGUGGAGUUUGACUUCCUGGGCAAGGACUCCAUCCGUUACUACAACAAGGUGCCUGUGGAAAAGCGGGUUUUUAAAAAUUUGAAGCUGUUUAUGGAAAAUAAAAACCCGGAUGACGACCUCUUUGACAGAAUUAAUACCACAUACCUGAACAAGACGCUACAGGACUCCAUGAAGGGUCUGACGGCCAAAGUGUUCCGCACGUACAACGCCUCCACCACACUGCAGGACCAGCUGAACAGGCUGACGGCGUUUGAUAUGUCUGUGGAAGAAAAAAUCUUGGCCUAUAACAGGGCCAAUCGAGCUGUGGCCAUUCUCUGUAACCACCAGAGGGCAGCACCGAAGACCUUUGAAAAGUCCAUGCAGAACCUGCAGGAGAAGAUUGAACUAAAGGAGAAACUUCUAGAAACUGCCAAAAAGGAGCUUAAGGAAGCCAAGAACCAGUACCGUCAAAAUAAAACUGAUAAACUAAAGAAGCUUGUAGAGCAGAAGGAGAAGGUGGUGGAGAGGCUGAAGGAGCAGCUAAAGAAGUUGAAGCUCCAGAUGACUGACCGUGAGGAGAACAAGGUCAUUGCUCUGGGCACCUCCAAACUCAACUACCUCGACCCCAGGAUUUCAGUGGCCUGGUGUAAAAAAUUUGGGGUUCCGAUUGAGAAGAUCUACAACAAAACCCAAAGGGACAAGUUUGCCUGGGCUAUAGACAUGACGGAUGAAGAUUUCCAGUUCUGAAAACAUACCCUGGAAUGUGCUUCGAAUCACCAUGGAGUCUGUAUCGGACCAUGGCUUUGUCCUUGAAGUCACUUGAAGUCCUUUUUGUUGUUUGUUUUGUUUUUGUUUUUAUUUAAACCAAGCAAUUUAUCAAGAAUAGCACCAAAUUAUUUUUUUAAAAAAAUAAAGAAAAUAAUUUGAUUUUGUUUGUUGAUUUGAGAUGAAGGUAGAGCACUUUGGAUGUUGAUGUAUUCGGAAGCUGCCAGUUUACUUCUGAACUAGAUUCCCCACGUGAAUCAAAGCAAUUUGCCUCAAGGUGAUAAGGAAUGUGUAGAAAUGCAAUAUUGCUUUUGGUAAAAGCAUCUGAUUAGCAAAUAAAUAUUAGAAGGAAAUUUA